UCUCCCUCUCCCUCUCAAGCUUCAUCAUGUUAACUGUAUUACGCAACUAUGACAUUCAGACAUAUGCAACACCACGGAUCAACCCACCACUUCUAGUUCCAGCUCCUACUCCAGCGCUCAUCGAAAUUCAUGUCAGCAAUCUGGUUAAACUACAUCUCCGAACUCGUCAAGGCAAUGCUGAAUCCAAUUAUCCUACAUUAGCUUUUCCUGAUAUUCAACAUGACUUCGCCAUUCCUCUUCAACUUCUCCCUUUCUCCAUUUCGUGGGAUCCCUAUAUUUUCAACCAGCUUUCGUCUAUGAGAUUCGAUCCCGAACUCUGCAAUUCCAUGAAGGGACGCAUCAUUAGUUCUCUUUCAAGUUUGAUUAUUGAAUAUGGGGUGAGUCUUGGGUUUCAAGUCAUUGUGGAUUUGAAGAUCACCAGCACGAUUGAGUUUAUUUCUACGCAAUCGAGGGACGAUAUGAUGAUGAGUAUGUUAGCCGCUGAUGGGGUGGUUAUCGUGGAGGAUGAUGGUGGUAGUGUUGAUGAAACUAUAGAGACGAUGAGGACGAGGAGGGGUGUUUCAAAGGCUGCCAUUGAUGGGUUGAAGAAAGUGGUGGUGUUCAAUGGUGAAGGAGAUGAUGAAAAGUGCAUUACUUGUCCGGUUUGUUUGGAGGAAUGUGGGGACGGAACAGAGCUUACUUCCCUGCCAUGUUCUCAUCUUUUUCAUCAUCGCUGCAUUGUGUCAUGGUUGAAAUCACAUAAUUCUUGUCCGAUGUGCCGAUCCGUAGUUCCAGUUUAAUCAUCAUAGUAUUGUUGGUUUCAGAUUAGGUAGUUUUGAUUGAUUCUUGAAAACUAUUGUAUUAGAUUCAUCAUUAAGUUUGAUUUUUCUUUUGAUU